AAUAACUCAACCACAAAACCGACUCAAGAACCACCGCUCAUCAUGCCUGGUAUCCUCACAAAGAAGUUCCCUGCGCAGAUUGCGCGGCCAAUGUGGCCAUUCUACACAGCCGGCGUCGUUGUCCUCUACGGCAUCAGCUCCUUCGCGAACGUGCUCGCAAACACCGACGAGUACAAGAACGACCCCCGAAACCCCAACAUCAACGCCAACUCGAAGGGAAACCAACACUAGAUGCAUGCUCAAGGGAGAGAAACGGAGAGCAGAGAAGGAUGGGGAGUCAAGCAUGAGGAUUGAAGUACGAUGGAGAACAUCGGAGGUGUUGAGCGAAAGAUGGCAUGGAGGAUGGAGAGCACGAUCUGGGAUGCGUAGAAGCUCGGCUGUGUACAAAUAUCGCCGCUGAAACCAUACACUUCGCAUUC